AUGUCCCGAUCCCGGUCCCUGUCCCGAUCCCUGUCCCGGUGCCGGUGCCGGUCCCUAUCCCUGUCCCUAUCCCUGUCCCGGUGCCGGUGCCGGUCCCUGUCCCGGUCCCUAUCCCUGUCCCUGUCCCUGUCCCUGUCCCGGUCCCUGUCCCGGUCCCUGUCCCGAUCCCUAUCCCUGUCCCUGUCCCGGUCCCUGUCCCGGUCCCUGUCCCGGUCCCUAUCCCUGUCNCGGCUGGCGGAGCGCGGGGCGGUGCUGGUGUCCUGCUGUCUGUCCUGUGCGGGCUCCGUGCUGCUGCUGUGCUCGCAGGCUCGCUGGCCGGAGCUGCGGACGCGGCCCCGGCAGCUGCUGCUGCAGCUGUCCCUGGCUGACCUGCUCUCGGCCCUGUCCUACUUCUACGGGGUGCUGCGGGACUUCGAGCGCAGCUCGUGGGACUGCGUCCUGCAGGGCGCCCUGUCCACCUUCGCCAACACCAGCUCCUUCUUCUGGACCAUGGCCAUCGCCCUCUACCUGUACCUGAGCAUCGUCAGGGGCUCGCCCGCGGGCGAGGCUUUGCUCUGGUGCUUCCACGCCGUGAGCUGGGGUGUCCCCCUGGCCAUCACGGUGGCCGCUGUGGCUCUGAAGAAGAUCGGCUACGACGCCUCCAACGUUUCCGUGGGCUGGUGCUGGGUGGACCUGGACGCGGAGGAUCGGCUCCUGUGGAUGCUGCUGACGGGGAAGGUGUGGGAGAUCCUGGCCUAUGUGACCCUGCCAGUGCUCUACAUCCUCAUCAGGAAGCACAUUAACAGAGCAGUGAGUAUUUGCUGCUGGCUCCAUCCCCCGUGCUCUGCGUUCCUCGCUGCUCAGCAGCUGCACAGGCAGGGGAUGCUCCAGGGCUCUGGAGUGUCCCCAGCCCCGGGAGAGGCAGUGCCCUGAUCCAGCACACAGUGACUUAGCACGGGCAGAAUGUAAAAGCCCUUUGAAAAGGAGCAGGGCUUGUGGGAUGUUCAUCAGGGAAAUGCUACAGUCAGAAUUGAAACGGAAUGUGAAGGACAAAUCCAGCUUUAAUCAGUUUUCUGCAGUUCCACUUGUACCGAGAUUGGAAUUCUCCAACCUCAUUCCUUUCAGUGUCUCCAAUGGCAGUUUGUGUUUAUGGGUGUUACUCUGUACUGGCAGCUCACAGCUCCAUUUGGGAAUCCAGGCACGGGAUGGCUUUGGGCACCACACAGGAGAUUCCCUGUCCUAGCAGGGCUUUGGGAUUCAGAGCUUCAGGGGUUGCUGUUCCUUGUGAACACAGGGAAUCCAUUUGGACAGCAUUUGCAUAACAAAUCCAGAUGAGAGUGGCAGGAGGAGCUGCAUGCAGAGAGUGCUCUUCUCUCUGAGCUGUGUUAGGGAAAGGAGCCCCACCUGUGGGUUAUUUCCUUCUGGAACUUUCUGCCUCUGCUCCUGCUGCAGCUGUGGCUGCGCUGGGGACAAACACAGCCCUGCUCAGGGCAAGGGCCUGCAGAUGAUUUGGGAUAAGGAGGCACUUUCCAGA